AUGGGGAAAGAAGGUAGAAGUGCAAAUGCAAAUAGGAGGGGAACAAAACAUGCUAGCUAUAUAGGUGUGAGAAAAAGAAAGUGGGGUUUGUGGGUGUCAGAAAUCAGAGAGCCGGGGAAGGAGAAGAGGAUAUGGCUGGGCUCAUUCCCCACACCAGAGAUGGCAGCUCGUGCACAUGAUGCAGCUACUUUGGCCUUAAGAGGGGAGUCUGCCAAAUUAAAUUUUCCUGAAUCCUCCCAUUCCCUCCCUCGCUCCCCAACAUUAUCUGCAGCAAACAUACAGGCCACUGCUCUGCAAGCUGCAUGUUCAUUCUCUCAAAACCCAGAAGCACAACCAUCUCAGAUGUGCUCGACCGAUAACUCGUUGCCGUGCCCUGCAACUUCCUCUGCAACGGAUAUUCAGGCUGCUCAUUUCCAAGCUGCGCACUCUUUUUCUCAACAGCCAGACAAAGAAGUACCAAAACUGUGGUCCAACAUCAAUAGCAAUGAUAUUGACAAUGCUUUUCUUGACUCAGAGCCCUUUCCAGGAAAUGAAUUUCAAUCCACUGAUAUUGGAGGAACCAAAAGCCCAAACAAUGAGAUAACGGAAUCAUGGCUAGAUUGCCUAAACUUACUAAUGAACACUACAGAUGGAGUGACGAUCAGACGUCCUCUCCAAUUUCGUAGCCCAUUCACUGAAGUAGAAGAUGAAAGUUAUCAAUUUACAUCUCUUUGGGAUUUUACGUAG